UAGGUUUCUAUUUUGUGAAGGGAGCCUUUGAAGGUUCGAGUCCUCGUGAGUGCCUAAUUAUUUCUAAGUCAUUCCCCGGUAGCUGGUGUGGCGUGUUAAUGUUCUUAAAUUUUUAUAAAUUAAUUUUGAGAGUCGUUUUUUUAAUGAUGAGAAGAAUUUUUAAAUUUCCAAAAAAAAAUUUUUUAAUUUCCAAACAUUUAGCUUUUUUUUCAGUGUUUUCCCCAGACGCAAUCGAAUCCUUCCACAUACCCGGUUAUGACCAAGAUUUAGUUUCACUUAUACAAACUGGAAUUCUUCAACAAACACCAUCAAUUCGUUGGGAUGACAUUUCUGGAUUGGAGGAGGCUAAAAUGUUGUUAAUUGAGACUUGUAUUCUUCCAAUGGAACAUCCAGAACUCUUCCGCGGCAUUCGCCGUCCCUGGCGAGGAAUUUGUAUGUUUGGACCUCCUGGAACGGGCAAAACACUUUUGGCUAAAGCACUAGCUAAUGAAUGCAGCACAACUUUCUUUAAUGUUUCUUCGGCUACUUUAACUUCAAAAUAUAGAGGGGAAUCUGAAAAGUUGGUUAGACUUCUUUUUGAAAUUGCCCGUCAACGCGCCCCUUCAACUAUUUUUAUUGAUGAAAUCGACAGUAUUGGAUCCAAGCGUGGAACUGAUAGUGAACACGAAGCUUCCAGACGUGCAAAGUCUGAAUUAUUAAUUCAAAUGGAUGGGUGUGUUGCUGAUGAUGGAAAGACAGUCCUCGUUCUCGGUGCAACAAACUUUCCUUGGGACGUGGAUGACUCUCUUCGACGACGACUUGAAAAAAGAAUUUAUAUUCCUCUCCCUGAUUGUGCUGCUCGAUUAAAUUUGAUAGAAAAUGCUUUGACAGGGAUUGAAUUGGAUGAUGAUGUUAAAUUGAGUGAAGUUGCUGAACGUUUGGAAGGUUAUUCUGGUGCUGAUAUUACAAAUAUUUGCAGAGAUGCAGCCUUAGCCCCAAUGCGUGACUGUCUUCGUUCAACAAACAAUUUAGUAAAUGCCGAUUUCGAAGAACGUAAAGAAGCUAGAAAGAAAAUUCUUUCAAAGCCUGAUUUAACUAUUCGAAUGUGCCAUUUUGAGACAGCAAUCAAAAAAAUGAAGCCUUCAGUUACUCAAAGUACAGUUCAAAAAUAUUUAAAUUGGAUGGAGGAAUUUGGUUCAAAAUAA